GUCAGAUUCGGGGGCACUGGGCUCCUCGCGCUCUUUAAGGUGGAGACGCACCUGCCGCUUUAACCCCGCCGCUUCAGUCAGCACAGCCGCGGCUCCCGCUGACGACUGGUAACGUGACCACUGAAUGAGUAUUGACCGUUAAUGAUAGCAGCUUCGCGGUCAUAGUAGCUCAGUAUUGAACAGCAGAAGCGAACGACAGGGAUCAUUAGGCACGGUUCAGUAAUCGCAGGGAUCAGUAGCGGCAGCGGUUCAGUAGUGACCAGUAACGGUCAGCAGAGAGAGGUUUUAGUGUUUCAGUAGUAAUCAAUAGCAGUAGCAGUUAUUAAUAAGGAGUAGUUUUACUUGUGAUUGGCAAUAAUAGUGAUAGUACUGAUCAGUGUUGUUUACUAGUAACAGUAAUGAUCGAUAAUAGUACUCAUCAUACGUCCGGGAAUAAUGGUCAGUAGAGGUCAGCAAGCUGAGAAUUAGUGGUGAUGAUUAACAGUGGUCAGUAUUUACGUAUAGAUCAAUAGGAGCGAUCAGUGUCGAUCAGGUCUCUGAUCAGAAACUGCCCUUCGCUAAUGUUGCCCUUUUCCUCCGGUCCACCUUAAACCCCGCCCCUCACUCGCCCCGCCCGUGCUCGCGGUCCAAUCGGCGCAGAGCGGAUGCGCCGUGUCCGGUUUCACAGCGCCGAGGCGGAGCUGCGCUCCCAUUCAUUAACGCCGAGCGGAGAGAGAGGUAGAGAGAGAGAGAGAGAGAGAGAGAAACGGAGAGAGAGAGAGAGCAGCUCUGCUUUAGCACAGCAGCAGCCUUUCACACGACGGAGAAAAGGGAAAACAACGAAAACGAAAACACAGAAACAAGAAGCAGAAACUUUUUGGGGUGGACAAAAAAAUCCGAAAUCGAAGCGGACUUAUAAAAUGAUCAGUGUACCCGGAUGUACGUGUGAUGUUCAGACCAGACCGUGAGCGAGACUGAAGACGGACGGACAGGAUUUUUGUUUAUUUUUUUUUUAUUUGAUUUUUUUGUUUGUUUCUUUCUUUCUUUGUUUAUUUGGCCAUUUUAUUGAAACCUGAAUGCUUCAUCGUUCACGGACUAAAUCGGAAUCUCUUUCCAGCUCUACAGUCCGCACUAAAGGGCUUUAUUAUUGUCAUUAUCAUUAAACCUAUUUUUCGUGCUAUCAUUUUCACCUCCAACGUGGAAUUAACGUAUUUUUCCUGGGAUCAGAUCAACGGCUUGGAGUAUCCCGUUUUAUAUGGAUGUACAGCGAGGAUCGUGAGACUUUUUGAAGCGUUUUGGAUGGACGAGAGCAGCACUGGCUGAUGGAGUCAGAGCUGUGGAUGAGCGCAUAUAGGUUGUCAGAUGAGACUAGAGUCCGUGCCUGCGCAGGGAGUCGCUGAUCGGGUCAGAUGGAUCGUCGCGGUCACCGCGGAGCCACCGGGUCAGUGGCGGUGAUCCGGGAGCCAGGCGGAGAGCGGCUGGACCCGGACCUGCCGGCCGGAGCCAUCCUGUCCUUGGAGCAGAUCCGAGCCAUCCGCUCAUCCAACGAGUACACGGAAGGUCCCGCCGUGGCAGCGCGUCGGCCUCCUGCCCCGGCACCUCGCCUCAAUGACAAGCAUGAGAGGACUCACGAGGUCAUCCUCGUCAAUGUGAACAACAACUACGAGGCGCGGCCUACGGCCACCAGGCCGCCCGCCCUCAGCCGCUCAACCAGCAUGGGCAGUGCUGGGAGUUCUGGCAGCAGUGGAAGUGCUUCUUCAGAGCAGGGCUUGCUGGCCCAGUCGCCACCGUCGCGCCACCAACACCACCGUCAUCACCACCACCAUCAUAAUAACAGGCUGGAGCAGGCCAUUCGGACUCAGCCCAAAUCCCUGAGCUCGCCCAUGCAGCCACUUCUACCAGUGGAUGCCCUGUUGAAGCAGCCUGUGGGCUUUGGGCCACCUCUGGCCGGGAAGGGUGACCUUUCACCCUCGUCUCCGCACCAGUUCAUAUGUGAACGCUGUGGGAAGUGCAAAUGCAGUGAAUGCACGGCGCCCCGCAUGCUGCCCUCGUGCCUAGCCUGCAAUGGUCAGUGCCUUUGCUCAGCUGAGAGCCUCGUAGAACAUGGCACGUGCAUGUGCCUGGUCAAGGGCCUCUUCUACCACUGCUCCAAUGAUGAUGAUGAUGGUGAUUCAUGUGCCGACCGGCCGUGCUCGCUGUCCCGCCCCCGCUGCCUGCCCCGCUUCCUCUGCAUGGGCCUCAUGGCGCCCCUCUUCCCCUGCCUGCUCUGCUACCCGCCAGCCAAGGCUUGUGUGAAGGCUUGCCAGCACCUCCAUGACCGCAUUAACAGGCCAGGGUGCCGCUGCAAAAACUCCAACACCGUCUACUGCAAGCUGCAGGGCUGGGGUCAAGGACAAGGUCACGGACUGGGACAGGGUAAGCCCUCCUGAGGCCCAGCUCUGUGUCCAGAUCCACAGGAAAACAUGCAGAGGAACUGAUUAAGGGCUGAUUUUUUGGUUAGUCCGGUGCAGGUGCCCACUGUAGCCCCGCCCACCCUGAUCUGGGAGGAAGAGGAUGGACCAUGAUGAUGAUGAUGGUGACUUCACCAUCAAAACUCUAUAAAACAAUCCCCUCUUCCUUGCUUGGUCUGCUGCUAGGAGAACGGAACAUGGAAAUCAAAACCACUUUGUUGUCACUUCUGACGCUGAGCAGAAUUUGUUUUGUUUUAUUUAGUUUUUCUUUAUUUAACAAACCAGUGAUUGCCUUAACUGAGGACUAUGGGACUGUUCAGCUACUCGCUAAUGUUAAAAAGUGGGGGGGGGUGGGUGGGGGGGCAAGAAAGCUGACUGGUGCUGCAGGUUUGCCGAGAGAACGAGCAAUGGCCUCCUACCGAAUCUGUGAAGGACUGUCUAGCCAGACCAUAAUAUGUAGCUGUUACCAGAUCUCCAUAGCAACCUGGUAUUGUUUGACGAGGGUUGCGGUAAAUGGGUCCCUGUGGCCGCGCACGUUUCCAGGGAAACGACCCUCCCUCUCAUAGUAUUCCCGACGCUAUUCCUGAACAGAAACGGACAUUCCGGACACAAUUCCGGACAGAUGUCGUUCCUUCGCUACCCAAACACUUACUCAAACACUCCGUGGCAUUCUGACUUGUUUUGUUUUGUUUGUUUUUUUUCAUUUCCUCCCUCAUAUUUUUGUAAAUUGUAUGUUCAAAUUCAUAAGAGAAAAUUCCGGCUAUUUUUUAAGAAAAAAAAACAAAAGAAAGAAAAUGUCUGUUAAAACUUUUUUUUGUCAUUGUAAAAAAAUAUUUAUUAAGUGAAGCUCUAUUAUUUUAUGAUAUUUAUUGCAAAAAAGACAGUCUUAGAUUUACUCAUGUCUGAAUAUAACAAAAUAUCAAUACUGAAAAAAUGAAAGGGUGACACGAAAGAAAAUGCUAUGUUAACUUUACUGCAGAAAUAUAUUAAUUAACGAAAAAUA